AUGGGACGUGUGAAGAGCUACAACACCCGGAAGGGUUUUGGCUUCAUCAUGGUCCCGGAGUUCCCACGGGACGUCUUUGUCUACAACUCCCACCUCAUUGGUCGUAUAGGUUUGCUGCCCGGCGAGCCCGUGCUGUUCGACCUCGUCGUGGAGGGAGGCCGCCCCCAGGCACGAAACGUCAAGGUGACCGGCGAUGCGACCCCGGUAGAGCAAGAGAACUCGGCCGAAAACCUGGCGACCAUUAAGAAGGUGAUUGCAGAGCAGAUGCCGCACCUGCAGCCAGCACCUGGAGGUCAGUCCAUGCGAGACUACACGCUGGCGAUGGCAGCGGCAGCAGCUGAGGUGCCAACCACAAUGCCAGCGGGUGCGCAAGCGAAGAGUCCUGAGGAGUUGUUGAAAGAGCAGAUCCGGAAGGACGUAAGUGAACCUUUGAACCAAAUCAACUUCCAAAUCACCUACUCCGGGCCGGAGGUGCCGAUUCCGAGGUCUGAUCCUGGUGGCAACAUUCUGAAUGGCCUCGAGCUUGGUUGGACAGGGCGGAGCAGCAAGAUCAAGGUGGUGGAGUUUCCCGCCCCAGACGUCAAUGGCUGCCGGGAGCUUGGCGCGCUUGGCAGCGGGGCGGGGCCGGAGGGCCAGAGCAUCGGAGGGAAGGAACGUGGUGUGAAAGUCGUGCGGAAGAAGAAGCGCCCGGAUCGGAGCGAGGCGGCUGCAAGCUCCUCAUCGGCCCUGCCCGAGCCAGUGCCCGUGGUGCCUGGAAUCGAGUCGGGAGAAAGGCGCCAUUGUCAGUGGCUGAACGUCAAGCGAGAUGCUCGGUUUCGGGAAGACCCGCAAGAAGUGGCGCCGACCCGCAGCAAAGUGAACAAGAUGGAGGAAAACGUCCAGUCGUUGGCCAAAAAGCCGGAUGUGCAGAUGUCAGACCUUCUCCUCAAGGUGCUUAACAACAUGAAAAAGAAGUGA